AUGGGCUCAGUCACAGCAAGCACGGGCACGCAUGCAUAUCCAGUCCCGUCGCCGGGCAUCUAUCCUCCUGCAGUCACCUUCUUCGAUCCCGAAAAGGACUGCCUGCUUCCAGAGCAGCAGUCUCAAUACUACAAAUACCUUGCAUCGACCGGUCUGACAGGACUGGUCAUCCUGGGCACGAAUGCAGAGACCUUCAUGCUGACGCGUGAAGAGCGUGCGACGCUGUUGAAGAUUGCUCGCAAGUCCGUGCCAGAAGGUUAUCCUAUCAUUGCCGGCGUCGGCGGACACUCGACAGCACAGGUACUCGAAUUCAUCAAUGACGCCUAUGAGGCAGGUGCCAACUACGUCCUCGUCUUACCGUGUGCAUACUUCGGCAAGCAGACCACCCCGCAAGUGGUCAAUAACUUCUAUAACGCCGUUGCUAAGGCGUCGCCGUUGCCGAUCCUGAUCUAUAACUUCCCGGCCGUUUGCAACGGCCUCGAUCUGGACUCGGAUCAGAUUACAGCGCUGGCAGAGGCGAAUCCAAACAUUGUCGGUGUUAAGCUGACUUGUGCAUCCGUCGGCAAGAUCACUCGGCUCGCGGCGACGUUCACGCCGGAACGCUUUGCCGUCUUCGGGGGACAAUCUGACUUCUUGGUUGGCGGUUUGGCAGCUGGCAGUGUGGGCUGCAUUGCUGCAUUUGCGAACAUCUUCCCCAAAACUUUGGUCAAGAUCUUCAAUUUGUACAAGAUGGGGAAGCACGAUCAGGCGUUGGCGCUGCAAAAGAUCUCGGCACAUGCGGAGAAUCCGACCAAGGCGGGGAUCGCAACCACCAAGUAUGCGGUCAGUCAGUUCAGCGCUGUGGCUGCAGGCAUCGAAGGUGGUGAUAAGGCUGUUCUGGAGAGACUGCUGCGGCCACGACGGCCGUAUGAAGAGCCUGCGGAACCCGUUAAGGCGAAGAUCCGGGACGUGAUGAAGGCGAUCAAUGACAUUGAAUUGACGCUCUGA